GUUCGGUUGUGCUAAAACCGCUUCUGUGCGCAGAAUGGACGCGGAGUUGUUUGUGCUGAUGUUUGUCGAUUAAAUCCGUAAUAAUCGAAGCCACAGAUUAAAGUAGAGCAAGAAAGAAAGACUGUGCCAACGAUGCAUUGAACCGAAGUGUUCACUUUCCGUGACGGAUACCUAGCCACUGCAGGGAACUUCGUCGUUUUGUGAACGUCGGUCUGCAAAAUGUAUCUGUACAACUUCACACUGCAACGUGCCACCGGCAUCACGCAUGCCGUUCAUGGAAACUUCUCAGGCACUAAGCUACAAGAGGUUGCCGUGUCCAGAGGCAAGAUUUUGGAACUUCUCCGACCUGACCCAAACACCGGCAAAGUUUACACACUCUACGCAUGUGAAGUGUUUGGGAUUAUACGCUCAAUGAUGAGCUUUCGCCUCACCGGUGGAUCGAAAGAUUAUCUGGUGGUUGGAUCUGAUUCUGGGAGGAUUGUUAUUUUGGAGUACAAUCCUCAAAAGAGUUGCUUCGAAAAGGUACACCAAGAGACAUUUGGGAAGAGUGGCUGCCGACGUAUUGUGCCUGGCCAACAUCUUGCCAUGGAUCCCAAGGGCAGAGCACUUAUGGUGGCAGCUGUUGAAAAGCAGAAGCUGGUGUACAUCUUGAACAGGGACGCAGCUGCACGGUUGACCAUUUCCUCACCGCUGGAAGCACACAAAUCGAGCACUCUCGUGUAUCACUGUGUUGGUGUGGAUGUUGGAUUUGAGAACCCAGUAUUCGCCUGCCUUGAAAUGGACUAUGAGGAGGCAGAUUCUGACCCUACUGGUGAAGCAGCUAAUAACACUCAUCAGACAUUAACCUUCUAUGAGUUGGACUUGGGCUUGAACCAUGUCGUUCGUAAAUACAGUGAGCCUCUGGAAGAACAUGGGAACUUCCUUAUAGCAGUUCCUGGAGGCAGCGAUGGGCCCAGUGGUGUACUUAUUUGCUCCGAAAACUACAUCACCUACAAGAACUUUGGAGAUCAACCUGACAUUCGUUGCCCGAUCCCCAGGAGGAGGAACGACUUAGAUGAUCCAGAACGGGGCAUGAUAUUUGUUUGCAGUGCAAAUCACAAAACAAAGUCCAUGUUUUUCUUUCUGGCACAAACAGAGCAAGGGGAUAUCUUCAAGAUUACAUUGGAAACAGAUGAAGACAUGGUCACUGAAAUCAAGCUGAAAUACUUCGAUACCAUUCCUGUGGCAGCCAGCAUGUGUGUGUUGAAAACUGGAUUCUUAUUUGUUGCUGCUGAAUUUGGAAACCACUGCCUCUACCAAAUUGCGAGACUUGGGGAGGAGGAUGAAGAACCUGAGUUCAGUAGUGCUAUUCCUCUUGAGGAAGGAGACACAUUCUUUUUUGCUCCCCGUGCCUUGCGCAACUUGCUACCCGUUGAAGAAUUGGACUCCCUGUCCCCAGCCAUGGGCUGCACUAUUGCUGACCUAGCCAAUGAAGACACGCCUCAGUUGUAUGUGGCCUGUGGUCGAGGGCCCCGUUCAUGUAUACGUGUGCUCCGCCACGGUCUUGAGGUCUCUGAAAUGGCUGUGUCUGAACUUCCUGGUAAUCCCAACGCAGUAUGGACUGUUAAAAGGAAAGCAGAUGAGGACUAUGAUGCCUACAUAAUUGUGUCCUUCGUCAAUGCUACCCUUGUGCUCUCCAUUGGUGAGACUGUGGAAGAAGUCACUGAUUCUGGUUUCCUGGGAACAACGCCUACACUUUCAUGCGCCCAAAUUGGAGAUGACGCAUUGGUUCAGGUGUACCCUGAAGGAAUUCGGCACAUUCGGGCUGACAAGCGUGUCAAUGAGUGGCGUACACCAGGAAAGAAAGCAAUCGUGAAAUGUGCUGUCAAUCAACGUCAAGUUGUAAUUGCUCUCACUGGAGGGGAGCUUGUCUACUUCGAGAUGGAUCCGACUGGACAACUCAAUGAGUACACUGACCGUAGGGAAAUGUCGGCUGACAUCAUUUGCAUGUCAUUGGCCAGUGUGCCAACCGGGGAGCAACGUUCACGGUUUUUGGCUGUGGGUCUUGCAGACAACACCGUUCGGAUCAUUUCUCUGGAUCCAUCUGACUGCCUAUCUCCACUGAGUAUGCAAGCUCUGCCUGCAACACCUGAGUCUCUGUCCAUUGUUGAAAUGGGUAUGACAGAGGUUGAAACAACUGGCCAAGGAAUCCUUUACCUCAACAUUGGUUUGCAGAACGGUGUCUUGCUACGUACUGUUUUGGAUCAAGUCACAGGAGACCUUUCAGAUACACGGACUCGUUAUUUGGGCUCCAGGCCUGUAAAACUCUUCAAAGUCCGCAUGCAAGGAAGUGAUGCUGCUCUAGCAAUGUCAAGCCGCUCAUGGUUAAGUUACUACUACCAGAAUCGAUUUCACUUGACGCCACUGUCAUACGAGACCCUAGAGUUUGCAUCUGGAUUUUCAUCCGAGCAGUGCCCUGAAGGCAUUGUCGCAAUUUCUACAAAUACACUCAGAAUUCUAGCCCUGGAAAAGCUUGGGGCUGUUUUCAACCAGGUGUCAACCACAUUGGAAUACACACCCCGCAAAUUUGUUGUGAACAGUGACAGUGGCCAUUUGAUCAUUGUUGAAACAGACCAUAAUGCUUACACAGAGAAGAUGAAGCAGCAGCGUAAGCAGCAGAUGGCAGAGGAAAUGGUGGAAGCAGCUGGCGAAGGAGAGCAGGAGCUGGCUGCAGAGAUGGCCGCUGCCUUUUUGAGUGAAGUACUACCCGAGACGGUGUUCGGUUCACCAAAGGCUGGCUCUGGCAUGUGGGCAUCAGUAAUAAGAGUCCUGAACCCUGCUGACAGCCAGACACUUUGCAAGGUAGCCUUGGAGCAGAAUGAGGCAGCACUCAGUGUGGCACUGGUCAAGUUUGCAUCUCAACCAGAUGAGCAAUAUGUAGUAGUGGGUGCUGCCAGGGAGCUGUCCCUACAGCCUUGGCACGCACGUAGUGGUGGCCUUUUGCUGACUUACCGACUGAGCCAUGCUGGUGAGACACGCCUGGAGCUCGUGCAUGCCACAUCUGUUGAGGAAGCACCGACAGCCCUGUGCCCUUUCCAGGGCCGCCUGCUGGCUGGGGUGGGCAAGUGCUUACGCUUGUAUGACUUGGGACGCAAGAAACUGCUCCGAAAGUGUGAAAACAAGUACAUCCCCAGUGCCAUAGUGUCCAUACAGAGCAUGGGCAACCGUGUAGUGGUAGGAGAUGUCCAAGAGAGCUUCUUCUUCCUUCGCUAUAAACGCCAAGAAAAUCAGUUGGUCAUCUUUGCGGAUGAUGCGGUACCUCGUUGGAUCACCGCAUCCUGUAUGCUUGACUACGACACAGUUGCUGGUGCUGACAAGUUUGGGAAUGUUUCGAUUAUACGUCUGCCAAACAGUGUAAGUGAUGAAGUGGAUGAAGAUCCAACAGGAAUCAAAUCACUUUGGGACCGUGGCUGGCUGGGAGGCUCAUCUCAAAAGGCUGAGGUCAUAUCCAACUUUCAUAUUGGAGAAACUGUAUUGUCACUGCAGAAAGCAACAUUAAUCCCUGGUGGCUCGGAAUCACUUGUGUACGUGACAUUGUCAGGCACCAUUGGAGUUCUUGUGCCAUUCACAGCACACGAGGACCACGAUUUCUUCCAACAUUUGGAGAUGCACAUGCGGUCUGAAAACCCGCCAUUGUGCGGCAGAGACCAUCUUUCAUUUAGAUCAUCUUACUUUCCAGUCAAGAAUGUCAUUGAUGGUGACCUGUGCGAACAGUUCAACUCUCUUGAUCCAUCUAAACAAAAGAGCAUUGCAGAGGAGCUCGACAGGAAUCCAAGCGAAGUUUCUAAGAAACUGGAAGACAUCAGGACAAGAUAUGCGUUUUGAGUUGCUUCUGGUUGGGAAUUCAUUAGCUCAUAUUGUAUAUA